CUUUCGCGCUUUAUAAAUCGCUCGUGUCCUCGGCUUACAUUUAUAAAGCUCGUUAAUGCUUGCGCUUUACAAAGCUCAUCACAAAGGGGUCUCGUACUCGCCAUCCUCGCCGUCUUGCCAAGCUCUUGUCGCCGUCUUGCUGAGCUCUUGUCGCGGUUGGAACUGGUGGUCGAAGGAGCUCGUGCCGCGCUGCGGUGCAGGGAACGGCGCCGCGCCGAUGAGCUCUCCGGGAAGUAGGGCGAUGACCACUGGCCUGAUGGUCGUGCUCCUCGCUGUCAGUGCAAGCAUCACCUCCGGCGGCGGCGACCGCUUGCACCUCAACCUCCUGGGGGUUCUUACUGGCGUCAACCUCAUCGUUAUCGGCGUCCGGAUGACUGACCACCCGAUGGCUUUCGUCACCAUCACGUCCCCCAAUAUAGUUGCGCUCGCAGCGUUCUCGCAUCGCAACCUCGACAUCGUAGGGUUCAUCAUGGUUUCAUCCGCCAUCACGGCUGUCGCCGGCGUGGUGAGCCCGGCGCUCUGUUUUGGUCUCUUUGCUCUGCUUCUGUUGGGGAUUUCCCUCAUCAAUAUUGGGAUUUUUGGUGAAUAGUUGAUGCAAUUCUUGGACGUAUCGGUGCUCUCGUGGCAAAAGUUCAGGUUGGCCUGAUGCCUACCGUAGCGUUCCUCCAAAAAGAUAUUAGUGUGUCCUUGUACGGGAAUAUUUGUCAGUGGUGUGCCACGUUUAAUUUAGAUUGUACUGCUACAAUAUAAUAUUAUUUUCCUGUCUACUAGCCUUGUAUGACAAUUGGACAAUAGUGUAUAAUAUAGUCCGUGUGUAACUUGAUGAACAUCGUGUUUUGAGUAUCUGCUUGCAAAUGUCCCGGAUAAUUUA